AUGGAUUCAAACGCAUCAUCGUCGAGCUUGAUACCACAAAACCAUCUACGCCUGCUCACCCGCUGCACCAUCGCCAGUCGAGUUCUGACUUUGUUGCUUAUCUGGCUUUCUUCCCACCUCCCCCUGUUUGACUCUUCCUCGAAAGUCCUAGUGGAUGAUUCGACCUUCUCACUCACGACUGCGCUGCUUCGCUGGGAUGCCUUCCAUUUCGCACAAAUCGCUCGAGACGGCUACGUCUACGAACAUCAAUGGGCGUUCUUCCCUGGAACACCGAUGGUCAUGAACCUCGCCUCCCGAUUGAUGAGAUUUACGAAGCCCGCAGAAAAUUCUAUAGGUUGGGUCGAUAUCCUGCAAGGAGGCGCGCUGGCUUCUCUAUGUUGCGACAGCACCCAAACCCUUUAUCACUUGUCCCUUUAUCAUCUCAAAUCCCCAUCGCUUGCACUGCUAGCAUCUCUACUAUCCCUUCUCCCCAGCAGCCCUGCUACCUUGCGCUACGCAGGCUAUAGCGAACCAUUUUUCACGUUUUUCUCGUACAAAGGUAUGCUCUCCUGUGCCAGGCGACAGUGGUUUCGCGCAUCGUGCUAUUUUGUCUUAGCGGCUACUUUUCGUUCCAACGGAUUUCUGCUUGGAGGGUACAUCCUAUGGGGACUUAUCAUCCGUCCAUCCUAUCAGGGCAAGGCGGUACGCCUCCCAUCCUUGUCGAAAAUCGGAUAUGCUGUGGCUUUGACCACACUCACAUUCAUCCCCUUCAUUUUCCAUCAAUACACUGCGUACCGCAACUUUUGCACGUCUACUGAUCUUAGCAUCCAUCUGCCUUCAUGGUGCCACAAUACAGUACCUUCCAUAUAUGCCCACGUGCAAUCGCGAUAUUGGAACGUCGGGUUCCUCCGCUACUGGACGCUCGCCCAAGCCCCUAAUAUUCUUAUCGCCUCGCCCGUCCUGGCCCUCCUGUCUAUAUUUUCCUUGAUGCAGAUUUCAAACGCCGCUCCUCGCAUCCUCUCCAACUCUAAACACAAACAAAAACUGGACAUCCAGGCGUCGCCCUUUUUCAUCGAGUCCCUGACGCCGCAUGCUAUCCUCGCUUCAAUACUCGUAUCCAUACUCCUGUUCGCGUCGCAUACCCAAAUUGCCCUUCGCCAGGCUGCUGCGGUGCCGAUCACAUACUGGGCGGCAGCCUGGCUUAUCGUCGAGCGGCCGUGGUGGGGACGUAUCUGGAUCAUAUGGAGUGUCGUCUGGGGCGCCAUAUCGAUCGUAUUGUGGACGGCGUUUCUACCGCCUGCAUAA